ACAAGUUUUUCUCUUACUCCCCACUCUCUUUCUUCUUCAACAUCCAAAGAAACCGAAUUGAAACCCUCCCCUAAGAUUAUAAACAAUGGCGGUUUCUUUGAGGUGUUUAAGCUUAUGUCUGGUUACUCUAUUACUGUUUGUUAUACUGAUAAUGGCUGAUCAAGUAGAGAAAAAGGAGAACUCUGAUUUGAGGAUUCAACAACAAACAAAGCAAUUACAGAGCUCCACAAUAAACACAACAACAAUGGCGGAUUUAAGGCCAGAGGAGGAGUGGACCCAUGAACAUGCAGUAGCUGAUCCUGAUGAAGUUGCUUCCCAAGUAGCUACGACUAUACGUAAUAGUACUGAAAGGAGGAACCUGGGCGGGUAUUUCUCAUGUGGAAGUGGCAAUCCAAUUGAUGAUUGCUGGCGCUGUGACAAAGACUGGCACAAAAACAGGAAGCGUCUUGCAGACUGUGGUAUCGGUUUUGGGCGUAAAGCUCUUGGUGGUCGAGAUGGAGAUUACUAUGUCGUCACUGACCCAAGUGAUCACGACGCUGUGAAUCCCAAACCAGGAACCCUGCGUCAUGCAGUCAUUCAGGACAAACCACUUUGGAUUGUGUUCAAGCGUGACAUGGUCAUCACUCUCAAACAAGAGCUUAUCAUGAAUAGUUUCAAGACCAUUGAUGGCCGUGGUGUCAAUGUUCAUAUCGCAAAUGGAGCUUGCAUCACUAUUCAGUACAUAACCAAUGUUAUCAUUCAUGGAAUCCACAUCCACGACUGUAAACCCACUGGUAAUGCUUUGGUUCUAGACUCCCCGUCUCACUACGAAUAUAGAUCAUUGUCUGAUGGUGAUGGUAUCUCCAUUUCUGGAUCUAGCCAUAUCUGGGUUGAUCACAACUCACUCUCCAACUGUGCUGAUGGUCUUAUUGAUGCUAUCAUGGCUUCCACUGCCAUCACUAUCUCUAACAAUUACUUCACUCACCACAAUGAGGUGAUGCUGCUGGGUCAUGACGACUCGUAUACCAGAGACAAGGUAAUGCAAGUAACCAUUGCAUUCAAUCAUUUUGGUGAGGGUCUCAGGCAAAGGAUGCCAAGGUAAGAAAAUGAAAAGACUUAUCUUUUUUCCACCAAUUUUUUUUCUGAAUUUUAUCUAAUUUAUCCAACAUUUGCAUCUGAUAUGUUGGAUAAGCUCGAAGAAUGCCUCCCUAACAUAACAACUUUGAUUUCCAACCUUGUAAAGUAUUAUAAUAUUUUUGGAGAAGUGGUUCGAAAUUCUCCUUCCUGUUUUUAUAUAGAAGAGAGGAGUUCCUAGAUUUUUUUGCUGGUGUUAGGUUCUCAUUGGUACUUAUGUACAGAUUGACCAUUUUAGUGGAGGCAAAUUUUCU